UGUGCGCUGUUGGCAGCUGGGCAGACAUGGCCGGCUUGGUGAAGAAGACCACUGGCCUCGAGGGGUUGGCUGUUUGCGAGAAUCCGCAGGAGAGGCUAAGGAUACUGUAUGCGAAGAUUCUGGAUGUUCUUCAACAGAUGCUUAAAGCUGCAGCGUACAGAAAAUACACGGAGCAGGUUACAAAUGAGAGGCUGAGUGUGGUGGAGACGGAAUCAGAUGUUAAAAAAUUAGAAGAUAAACUUCAGGCUGGUCAAAUAGAAGAGGUGAUUCUUCAGGCUGAAAAUGAACUAAGUCUGGCAAGAAAAAUGAUGCAGUGGAAACCAUGGGAGCCGUUGGUGGAAGAACCUCCUGCCAACCAGUGGAAACGGCCGAUAUAAAUAGGUUGAUGGGAAAUGGAUUUAAUGAAAUGUGCUAUUAUUUUAAAA